AUGGCUUCAAUGAAACUCCCUGCUACAAUGAAGGCAGUCCUCCAGCCUGACAAAAACUCCCAUAAGCUCAUUCUUUGCGAGCAGCCUGUUCCUGUACCUACUCAUCCCGAGGAUGUUCUGGUCAGAGUCCACGCCACUGCUCCUUGCAAGGGUGAGCUUGACUGGGCUGUCUGGUCCCCCGACUACUUCCCCAAAGACAAAAUCGCCAUUCCAGGGCAGGAUCUUGCGGGAACAGUGGUCUCUGCUCCUGCAGAUAGCGGCUUCAAGACUGGUGACGAAGUCUACGCCCGUAUCGAAGCCAAUCGCCCUGGCGCCGCAGCCGAGUAUGUUCUGGCUCGUGUGCCAGAACUCUCCAUCAGACCCAAGAACCUUAGCUGGGCUGAGACGGCGGCAACUCCCAUCAGCGCGCUGACAGCAUACCAGGCACUCUUUGUGCAUGGCGGAUUAGACCCACUGGCGCUGUCAGGUGAUGCAGCUGCUCAGGACAAGAUUUCGAAGUUUCGUGUCCUGAUUACCGCCGGAGCAGGUGCAGUAGGUAGCUUGGCAAUCCAGCUCGCUCGAGAAGCCAGAGUAGCUGCUGUCGUGGCUGCUGUCUCACCAAAGAAUAUUGACUUUGUACGAGAACUUGGCGCGACGGAUGUUAUUGAUUAUACAAAGGAAAGCGCUGGUGACUGGGUGGCUAAAGAUGUCGAGCAUCGAGAGUUUGAUCUGGUCUUUGACUGCAUCGGAGGUCCAUCACUGUCCCAAGCCUGGUAUGCGAUCCGUGAUGGGGGAAGACUUGUCAGUGUCUGCAAUGUACCCGAGGACAGCCGUCCGGAAGAUAUAAAGAAAGAGGUCCAGAGCCUCUUUUUUGUUAUUACGCCGCUUGGCAAGGAUCUGGAUGUUAUGAAGGAAUUGUUGGAGGAUGGGAGGCUGAGGCCAAGUAUCGAUAGCGUGGUAGGUCUUGAUGGGUUUGCUAAGGCAUGGGAGAAGAUGGAGUCGGGAAAAGCGAGAGGAAAGGUUGUUGUGAAGAUCUCUAAUGAAGCUUAG